AUGGCACCGAGGGGUUCCUGCUGCAAUCCAGUGCUGGUGGCCGUGGGGCUGCUGCCGCUGUGCACGGUCCCUGCAGUGCUGCUGGAGCUGUGGCAGCCGGAUCCCGUCCUCUUUGUGGAACAUGGGGCUGCGGUGAGCAUCAGAUGCAUGGCAGAUAAGUGGAUGGAUGGAGCAGGCAAAGUGCUGUGGUUCCGACACAGACCCGGAGAGCCACCCCGAGAGCUUCUGAACUGCAUAGAUAAAAGGUGGGAUGUGUUCUCCUGUGAGUAUCAGAAGGAUUACGCUGUGCUGCACAUCCAGGCUGCUCAGCCCAAGGACGCUGCUCUGUACCUCUGUGCAAACUUAAUGGCCACCAAGCUGAAGUUCAGCAACGGCACCGUGCUGCUGGUGGGAGACAGCUGGAGGACCCACAGCUGGGUGCAGGUCCUGGCCACCCGCUGGUCUCCCCAGUCCCCCCUCAGCCCAAUCUGUGCUGUGGGUGCCUCUGGUGGCCCCGUCCUCAUCUCCGGCCGGGGGGGGGACCGUCCCCAGGAGGUGCUGGGGCUGGGGAACAGCACAGAGCUGCUGAUCAGCCCUGGGGGAGCUGGGGGGCUCUGUGAGGUUCGCUUCAAUGCUUCUGGGCCCCACAUCCAGAGGAGCAUGGAGCUGCACGAGGCUGUGGGUGGCUGCCCAUUGCCCAGCGCUGUGGGAAUGGCUGUGGCUGGAAUAUUGCUGCUGCUGCUCAGCCUCUGCCUCAGUGCCCAUUGCCUCCCCAUCACUGCAGCCCAAUGCUGGGACCACGUUCCUGUCCCUUCUUCAGGCCAUCAGCCAACGGUCCCGGAGCCUCCAGGAUCACAGGGAGAGCUGCUGUACGCACACCUCACCCUAUCCGGACCCACACCGCCAUGACACCACCAGACCCCAAACCCAACACCGUGCUGGGGUUUCCUGACCGCUUUACCUAAAGAUGAACAA